CACAGCUCCAACCUUCAAAAAUGGCUCUCGAGGCCGUUCAAGCAAGCUCUAGAAAUAGCAUAGAACCGAAUUCGGGUCCGAGGAUUUCGUUCUCGGCCGAUUUCCUCGACGAAACCAACUUCAUAUCCAUCAACCCACAUUCUCAAAACGAAGAGAUGAAGGCAAAGAAGGAGAAAGAUAAAGCGAGAGUUGCAGACUUCGAGUUCCUUUCAAGCAAAGUGAGCAGCCACGCCAUGUUGACGGCCGACGAGCUUUUCUUCGAAGGAAAGCUACUCCCCUUUUGGCAAAUGCAGCAUUCCGAGAAGCUCAAACAAAUCAGCCUUAGAAAAACCAAAGAUACGGAGGAAGAAGAAGAUGAUGAUGAUGAUGGUGAGGUGGUGAGGGUGGAAGAGGUUAUAAACAAGGAUGAGAGUAGUAGCAUGAGUUGGUUCGUGGAUGAUGACCCGUCUCCUAGGCCACCGAAAUGCACCGUGUUGUGGAAGGAGUUGCUGAGGCUGAAGAAGCAACGGGCUUCGUCCUUGUCACCCUCGUCUUCCUCGUCAUCGUCGUCUUCAAGCUCGUUGGCCGACAUAGCUGCAUCUGAAGAAGGGAAACAAGGGUCUAGGAAUAGAGAUAAUAAGCAUGUGAAGAGGAUAAAGAAAGGGUUGGAAAGAACACGAUCAGCGAGCAUUAGAAUCAGGCCAAUGAUUAAUGUUCCUAUUUGUACACAAGUCAAAAGCAGUGCAUUGCCUCCUCUGUUUCCUCUUAAGAAAGGAAGAUUAGAGAGGUGAAGCAAAAAACAACAAAGCAAUAGCUGAGUUGAGUUUGAUCUGAAAAACUAGGCUUCUCCAAUAUGCUAUAUUUGUUUUUAAUUUUUAAUUUUUCAAAAUUUUCUG